GGUUAAUAAACAUUAUCCAGUCGUCUAAUAAUUUGAUAUGAUUUUAAAAGAUCUCAUAUUUCGUGUAGACUCGUUAGGUUUGCACUUCUCGUAGCUUUGUAAUACCGACAAGGGAUACACGUGAACAUAUUAAAAAGCAACAGAAGACAACCACGCAAUUACAAGACUUCUGACCUGGGACAGACAUAUACAAAACGUGGCGGGGCAAACUGUUUGAAUGCGUUUAUCCUCCUCUUAACCAGCAGUUUGGUAAACAACAUCAAUUAUGUCUACAAAGUAUUCGGUGCUGUUUUUCUUCUUAGCUCUGGCGAAUGAGAAGUACUUUGCAUUUAUACAGUUCCGAAGUUUGACAGAUAAAUCACAUUGCUCUAAACCGUUACGGACGAUUUUUCUACGAAAUGAGUCAGACGAAGCCGUGAUAACAUGGCAAGGAGGUAUAAUCGAAGAUUGCAGUAUAAGUGUAAGGCCUCACAAGGAAACUAAUAUCGAGCAAAUGUGUCUUGCAAUAUAUAUAAACAAUAUUCCAUGCGACAAAAAUGUAACCUUAAAAUUUAUAAACAGGCCUGUAGGAGAUGACGCUGUCAAGACUUAUCUGGUAGGGUGUAAUGUGAAACCAGUGGAUUGUUUGCCUUUCAAGUCACUUGUAAUCAUUAACGUUGAUGCACCUUACGAAAUUGCAACGUAUAACGAUUUUUUUCGAUUGAGGCUGGAAAUAGUUGUCUAUUUACUUCCUACAAUUGGAAACGACGUUUCCCAGAGAGACCCAACAACUGAAACUCUUGGCACAACUAAUGGAGUCUGUCAAUUACCCGUGGACUCACCUGGUAUAGCUUUGUUGUCAUUAGAAUACUGCUAUAAAUGUUCACCAUUAGCUGAAUGUUUACGUGCAUAUAUGUGGAAUGUUAAGAAUGGCUUCGACGGUACACAAAGACAUGACAACCGUGGUCAUCAUGAAUCGCAUACUACAGACUCUAAACUAGAUGUGAAUAGUAUCAUUGCAAUCAUUGGAGGUGUUGUUACAAGCUUAUUCAUACCUAUUAUUCUGCUAGUUGUUAGGAGAAAAAUGCAAACUGCAAGAACCGAAACUGUAAUAGCUAGUAAUCCAGAUAAGGAAGACCAAGAAAAGCAAAACAAUAGACAAUCAUUAAUAAGCGAAGAAUCGUUUCAAACAAUUUGAACCAACUGUGAUCAUCACAAAAAUGUACGAUCGUUAAUCUUUGUGUUCAAAACUAUUUAUCUAUGGAUUGCAGAUAAUAUUAGUAUGAUCUAUUUUUUUAUUUACAUAUGAAAGGUUAUUUACCAAAUGCAAUUCAUUUUCAUGUUGCAUUAUGCUAUA